AUGCGUUCACAUCAACCCUUGUAUUUUGGAAUAAACAUCAGCCCUGCCCGCCGGUCCUCAAAGAAUCGAGGAUGUAUCCAUCCUGCUAGUGGAGACCUCAUAUCUGAACUCACCUCGAGCGGGAAUAUUACCGUACUCACACCCGCGAGCCAGAAUUAUGCCAAUGCAAGCACAGCAUUCAACCUGAGAUUCACGCUUAACCCAGCUGCCGUUACCUUUCCUACCACUCCCCAGCAAAUAUCGACCAUCUUGUCAUUAACUACCAAGUAUAAUCACCAAGCUGUUGCUCGAUCCGGAGGUCACAGCUACAUUGCCAAUGGUCUUGGUGGCAAAGAUGGAGUCGUCGUCGUCGAUAUGAGUAAUUUCAGAGCUGUAACGGUGGAUCCCGAGACCAAUGUGGCAAGCAUUGGAGUAGGGAAUCGACUAGGAGACGUCGCUUUGGCGUUGAACACAUACGGGAGAGCAUUGCCGCAUGGGACUUGCCCAUAUGUAGGUCUUGGUGGGCAUUCCGGCCACGGUGGAUAUGGAUUCACCUCACGAAAAUGGGGUCUUACUUUGGAUACAAUCGUAGCCAUUGAUGUUGUGCUUGCGAAUGGAGCAAUUCUCAACGGUGUCUCCAACUCAAAGUUCCCUGAUUUAUUUUGGGCCCUUCGUGGUUCAUCUUCUUCGUUCGGCAUAGUUACCACAAUUCACACCAACACAUUUGCCGCACCUCCAUCGACCACUGUCUUCUCAUACAGGUGGGACCUUAACAUUUCGGAAGCCGUGUCAGCUACCAUGGCGUAUCAAUCCUACGUUGUAUCGCCAGAUUUUCCGCAGGAAAUGGGAUCAGAGAUUGUUCUCCGUGCAGGAUCGACCCAGGGGCGCGUCUCAUUCCGAUUGACUGGUGGAUGGUACGCUCCGCCGGAGCAGUACGACGCCGUCAUCCAACCCUACUUAACGCAGCUACCGAGUCCACAAACCGCUACAGUACAUAAUGAGACCUAUAUCGGCAGUGUAGAGUUCUUUGGUGGACUGGGGAGGCUUAAUACGACAGGGAUUCCUGAUGCGCAUGAUACAUUCUACGCCAAAUCUCUUAUGAUUCCCGAAAGCGUGCCAUUUUCAAACGAAUCUCUCACUGCGUUUUAUACAUAUCUUGCCAAUGACGCCUUUACAGCAAAUACGAACUGGUUUGCCGAGAUUGAGCUUUACGGUGGCACAAACUCAGCCAUCAACAAUGUCCCUUUCGACGCGACAGCGUUUGGACAUCGAGACACUAUGUUCACGAUGCAGUUCUAUACGUCUGCGAUUGGUGGAGUGCCGCCGUUUCCAGUCGAAGGAUUUGGCUUGCUUGAUGAUAUGGUGGCCACCAUCGUCGACAACAACCCUAGGGGGCGGGAGUAUGGAGCAUAUGCAAACUACAUUGAUAAUAGACUUGAAGACUGGCAACUCAAAUAUUACGCAUCUCAUUAUCCUAAGCUUAGGAAUAUCAAAAGGAAAUACGACCCCCAUGACACAUUCGACUUUCCGCUUUCCAUUCAGGAGUGA